UGGAAAGUGUUGUUUGCAGAAAUUUAGCUAGGAGCUUAGCAGAGGAGGUGUCAGUCUCCAAAAAACAAAGAGGUUGUUUGUGGGAGCCGCAGGACCUUCGCUGUUGUCGUCAGGUCACGACCCGCUAAGAUGGCAGAGCUGAGGCACCGUGGACCCAAAGACAGCGACCCUACGUUUCAGCAGCAGCCGUCAGAGGACAAGGGUUCGGACAAUGAACUGAAGGCAGAAAAAGAGGGGGUGUCAGACAGUGAGUCCAAAGUGGACUCUGGUGUCCCAGAGGUGCCGGUCCCUCCUGACGACACCCCUGAGGUUUUAAAUAAGGCGCUGUCUGGACUCUCUUCAAGAUGGAAGAACUGGUGGGUACGAGGCAUCCUAACACUAGCCAUGAUCUCCUUCUUCUUCUUCAUCAUCUACUUGGGCCCCAUGGUGCUUAUGAUGAUUGUCCUCUGUGUCCAGAUAAAAUGCUUCCAGGAAAUCAUCACCAUUGGUUACAGUGUGUACCACUCCUACGACCUGCCGUGGUUCAGGACAUUGAGCUGGUACUUCCUGCUGUGUGUGAACUACUUCUUCUAUGGUGAGACCGUGACAGAUUAUUUCUUCACACUGGUUCAGAGGGAGGAGCCGCUUCGUAUCCUCAGCAAAUACCACCGCUUCAUCUCCUUCGCGCUCUACCUCACAGGUUUCUGUAUGUUUGUGCUGAGUUUGGUGAAGAAACAUUACCGCCUUCAGUUUUACAUGUUUGGUUGGACCCAUGUGACUCUCCUGAUUGUUGUGACCCAGUCUCACCUCAUCAUUCACAACCUGUUUGAGGGAAUGAUCUGGUUCAUUGUGCCCAUUUCUUGUGUGAUCUGUAAUGACAUCAUGGCCUACAUGUUUGGUUUCUUCUUUGGGCGAACCCCUCUUAUCAAGCUGUCGCCUAAGAAGACUUGGGAGGGCUUCAUCGGUGGAUUGUUCUCCACCAUUGUUUUUGGAAUCAUGCUCUCCUACGUCAUGGCUGGCUAUCGCUACUUUGUGUGUCCGGUGGAGUUCAACAACGACUCCAACAGCUUCCAGGUGGAUUGUGAGCCAUCAGAGCUGUUUCAGCUCCAGGACUACUUCCUCCCCAGUAUGCUGGAGUCUGUCACUGGAUGGACCACAGUGCGCCUGUAUCCAUUCCAGAUCCACAGCAUUGCUCUCUCCUCCUUUGCCUCCAUCGUGGGACCCUUUGGUGGCUUCUUUGCUAGCGGCUUCAAGAGAGCUUUCAAAAUCAAGGAUUUUGCAAACACCAUCCCAGGUCACGGAGGCAUUAUGGACAGAUUUGACUGCCAGUACCUCAUGGCCACAUUUGUUAAUGUCUACAUUGCUAGCUUCAUUAGGGGCCCUAACCCCACCAAGGUGAUCCAGCAGCUCUUGGCCCUCCGUCCAGAUCAGCAGCUCUACAUCUUCAAUUCCCUGAAGACUCACCUGACCGAGAAAGGCCUGCUGCCAGCGCUGGAGGAGGCCGCCGCAGCUUAGAGCCGCCAACAACCACAGCUAGCUCGCCCUAAGAGGAGGGGAGAGAUGGGAAAGGAGGGCAGCGGCACCCAGGGAGCCCCCCGCACCCCUGGAGCUCUGGGAAGACUCAGUGCUUUUGCGUGAGCGAGAACACAUCCAAGAAAAACAAACCGAAAACCACAAAAUCGACAGCCUUGGGUCAUUCCAUUUCAUGUGGGUGUGGGAGUCAUGCUUGUCUGUGUUCCUACAGUCUGUGAAUCAUGUUUCUGUCACCAGUGUUUUCAGGUUGAGUUUGUGAAUUACUGUACUUUUACACAUUUCCAUUACCGUCAACCUCUAUCUAUUUACACUGUUAAACAAAAUGUUGGUUUGCUGUACAUUUCUACCUGUACACACAAUAUCCUCUAUAUAUACCUUAUUAUUAAUGUGUGUCGAUAUUUUAUUGUUCUUUUUUUAUUAUUUCAAUGCACUGCUCUCAGCGCUGUUACUCACUGUAUUCUUACUCUACUGCACCCUCCCUCUAAUUUAAGGGUAAUUUUCUUUAUUGUGAGUUUUUCUAUUUAUAAAUAGAUGUUUUUAUAUUUGGUAUGGUUCUAUUAUAUCUUAAUGUUGUCUUUUCUUUCUUUUCUUUUUCUUUUUUUUAAAGUCAAGCUAAAUUCACCAUCGCCAUCUGCCAUGUACAUUUUUUUGUCUUUGUUUUUUUCUGCCAUUCAUCAAAGCCUCUCAUGCUUGGCCAAAUCUUUAAGAUGUUAUUGUGCCGAAAUCAAAGGUGAAUGACUAAAUUAGACUUGAAGGGGACCUCUAAUGCUUUGUUCCAGCUCUUGGAUGGUAGCUUUAUGUGAUUCACAAUUCCUUAUAUAUCCUACCCCGGGCCUUGCUGCAGCUCCUCAGUUCAUCCUCGGAAACGAGUUGUUUCAGCUUCCUUCCCUUUUAAACUUUCUUCUGAUUGGCAGCCGCGCAUAAACAGACUUUAUAUCACACUGAGCCAAGAAUAGGGGGGGGGAAGCUUUCUAAAGCCAGACAGCUCCCAGAGAUUGCACAUGCACUGACCUCAUGUUUGAAAGGUUAGCCAUGGUUAUUAAUAUGAGCGUCCACCAUUGUAGCUGUGUGUGUGUGUGUGUGUGAGAUAACAAAUAAAGGAAAGCAGUACAGGUCCACUUUAGGUCCAUCAAGUCUUUGAGUUCAACUAUUGGUGGUUUUGUGUUUACGGAGCAUAAAAGCUACGUUAUCAUCUUGUUGCGGUUCAGCAGAAAAGAUGUCACAAAUAGAGCUGGCUAUGUUUGUUUUACAUAUUUUUUUGUUUUGUUUUGCGGUCCGUUGCUUGUUGAUUGUAAGGUACAGAGGGAUUGUUGCAUUAGGGCUACUCCCUCAGACAGCUGGAAUGUGUAACAGUGCCACAGUUAGGGUUUCUACACUGCCACCAGCUGCUUGUGCGUGCUGUGAUGUCACUGUUUUUCACCGCUUGAGCGCAGCACAUACAGCAUAUCGAUACUGACUGAUCAACUUGAUUUAUUUGUGGCCUGUUGCCGUCUCAUUGGGUGAAACUUUGGCCAAUACAAUCCGUUAUUGUGUACGUAUUGCAGUUCAUUCCCUUUUCCAGUGGCGGCUUUUCUUUUAUUUUUGCCACUUUCAAGUGUGUUUGUGUGUAUUGGAUUUAACGAUAAAAUAUAAAAGCUGGGACUUCAUCAAAGUUGGCUUCUUUUCUGAUUUCA